UUCGCACAAUAUUGGCAUCACCAAUGUUUGAUAAUCACACAGCUCUCAGCGGUGGAAAGCGGCCGGUACUCACGCGACCAUGACGAUCCGAGCCACCGAUCGCCUCCGUGCAGCAAGUCUCAACAAGAAAAGCCCUCAAGUGGCAAUGCCAAACAACUCAUGGGAUAUGCAAAAUGCGGCCUGAUAGCAGACAUGAUGUAAGAUCAUGGUAAUUGGGAGCAAGUCUCCGCAGCAACCUUGCGAUUAAUCUAAUGAUGCUUGCAAAACGCUAUGGUAAUACGAAGCUAAGGUCGACUUACAUCAGCACUUCAGUCUCACCUGCCAGCCUAUAUAACGGCGGAUGACUGACACUUGCCUCAACCCCUCACCACUCUCUCCUCACUUCUAAUACACACUUGAUCUCCUUUCUACUCUACUCUUCGUCCUACUUGCUUUCUCGCAUCUUCUUUGCGCUACCUUCGCAUAGUACCUUGUAAUUCGAAAUGAUUGCAUCAUUCGCAUUCGUCUUUGGUCUCCUCUCUCUCGCCUCGGCCCUCCCGCUAGACAAGCGCAUCGUACCAACCUCUCAGUGCACAACUAUUGCAACUGGCUUUUUGAAGACGACGAACGGGCACAAGCUCAACCUGGACGCGUCCAACAAGCUCUCGUACAGCGCGUCCGGCCUAGAGGUCGACGUCCAGAACUGUCAACCAAACUUCGGUCGCUAUGACGGGACGAAUGGGACACCAACCGAAGGCCACCUUGUCGUCAAAUCCACUGGCAAAUGCUUGUCCCUGCAGACUCCCUAUAGCGGCCCUCCGUUCACCGUGACCGUCGAUGACUGCUAUUACGUCGACGACAGUGGUUCCACAUUCUCCAAUUUCAUCAGGCAGAGCGAUGGAACGAUUCUCUUCGCGGGAAACACUCAGGAAGAUGGUUCAUACCAUUUCUUCCAAAAUCAAUGUGCUGCUGGUACCUAUGGUGUGAGCGGCACGGCGACGUCUGGAAUCGCGACCUUGCAAUGCAGCACCGAUGCCAACAUUGUUGCUCUCAAACUCUUCUAAAGGAUUCCUUCAUUGGUUCCGUACAAUGAUCCACGAGUUAACGUUUUCAUGGAUACAUGUUUUUUUUUUCUUGACGAUAUUGAACGACUUCAACAAA